CUCCAGGUGCCUGCUCUGGCACAAUGAAGUGUGUAGCUGGGGAGGGAGGGACUUUGGGCUGAUGUGUGGGGGGUGUGAUCCAAAGAGGCAGAAGUUAAAUCACUGGACCGAUCACACUGGAUGGAUUUAUUUCUGGACUCAAUUUCCCAGGAACUCCACUAUUCCACACUGGCGAAAAUGCCUCAGUUGAAGUUUCUCUAGCUCCGGCUUCGUGAAUAAAGACCUGUUGCUUUGGAGUUACAGCAGCUUUGUCACCACAGACUUAUCCAUCCGCUUCAAGAAAAUGUUUGCUGUCCACUUGCUAGCUUUCCAUUUCACAAAGCUAAAAGAGGAUCAAAUAAAAAAGGUUGACAGGUACCUGUACCCCCUGCGCCUCUCUGAUGAUGUCUUGCUGGAUGUGAUGGCACGAUUCCAGGCUGAAAUGGUGAAGAGCCUGGGCAGAGACACCAACCCCACGGCAACAGUGAAAAUGCUGCCGUCGUUCGUGCGCUCACUGCCUGAUGGCUCAGAGAAGGGUGACUUCCUUGCUGUUGACCUGGGUGGCUCCCAGUUCCGUGCCCACCAGGUGAAGGUGUUUGAUGAUGGGAAGCAGAGCAGCCAGCUGGAGAGCAAGUUUUACCCCACACCCAAGGAGGUCACACAGGGGAAUGGAGCUGAGCUCUUUGAUUACAUUGCUGACUGUCUGUUGGACUUCAUGGAGACCAAAAACCUGAAGCAUAAGAAGUUGCCUCUUGGCUUUACAUUUUCUUUUCCAUGCAGACAGACCAAACUGGAAGAGGGGGUUCUUCUUGCAUGGACAAAGCACUUCAAGGUCCGAGGAGUUCAGGACACAGAUGUGGUCAGCUUUCUGCGCAAGGCCCUCCAGAAGCAUAAGGACAUAGAUGUUGAUGUCUUGGCACUGGUCAAUGACACCGUGGGAACCAUGAUGACUUGUGGAUAUGAUGACCAGCGCUGUGAAGUUGGACUCAUAAUUGGGACUGGGACCAAUGCCUGCUACAUGGAGGAGAUGCGGCACAUUGAUCUGGUGGAGGGGGAUGAAGGGAGGAUGUGCAUUAACACCGAGUGGGGUGCCUUUGGAGAUGAUGGUGCUUUGGAUGACCUCCGCACAGAGUUUGAUCGGGAGCUGGAUCUGGGGUCUCUCAAUCCUGGCAAACAAUUGUUUGAGAAGAUGAUCAGCAGCCUGUAUUUGGGGGAACUUGUAAGACUCAUUCUCCUAAAAAUGACAAAGGAAGGUCUGCUCUUCAAUGGCAAAGUGUCAACAGCUCUGCUUACUAAGGGCAAGAUUGAAACGAAACACGUGUCUGCAAUGGAAAAGUACAAGGAAGGUCUGAGCAACACAAAAGAGAUCCUUACAGAGCUGAACCUGUUUCCCUCUGAGGAGGACUGUGUUGCUGUUCAGCACGUCUGCACCAUCGUUUCCUUCCGCUCAGCCAACCUCUGUGCUGCUGCCUUGGCAGCCAUCCUGACCCGGCUCAGGGAGAACAAAAAGCUGCUGAGGAUGAGAACCACUGUUGGGAUUGAUGGGGGACUUUAUAAAACCCACCCUCAAUACGCCAAACGUCUGCACAAGGUGGUGAGGAGGCUGGUGCCCACCUGUGACGUGCGGUUCCUGCUGUCGGUGAGUGGCAGUGGGAGGGGGGCUGCCAUGGUCACGGCGGUGGCACGCAGACUGGCAGCCCAGCGCCAGCAAAUCAACGCCACGCUGGCUCCCUUCCUGCUGCCCCUCGGCACUCUCAGAGAAGUUAAGGACAAAAUGAGGGCUGAGCUGGAAUAUGGGCUGAAGAGGGAGACACAAGGCAAUGCCACAGUCAAGAUGCUGCCCACGUACGUCUGUGGGACACCAGAUGGAACAGAGAAAGGCAAGUUCCUUGCCCUUGACCUUGGUGGCACAAAUUUCAGGGUUUUGCUGGUCAAAAUCAAAAGUGGGAGAAGAAGAUCAGUGCAAAUGUAUAACAAAAUCUUUGCCAUUCCUUUGGAGAUCAUGCAAGGGACUGGAGAAGAGCUCUUUGACCAUAUUGUCCAGUGCAUAGCAGACUUUCUGGAGUAUAUGGGGAUUAAAGGUGCUCGGCUUCCUCUGGGUUUCACCUUCUCCUUCCCCUGCAGGCAAGCCAGCAUUGACAAGGGAACACUUGUGGGAUGGACAAAAGGAUUCAAGGCAACAGACUGUGAGGGGGAAGACGUUGUUGAUAUGCUGAGAGAGGCCAUCAGGAGAAGAAAUGAAUUUGACUUGGACAUUGUAGCAGUGGUGAAUGACACUGUUGGGACCAUGAUGACAUGUGGGUAUGAGGAUCCAAACUGUGAGAUUGGCCUGAUUGCAGGAACAGGCAGCAAUGUUUGCUACAUGGAGGACAUGAAAAACAUAGAAAUCGUGGAAGGGAAUGAAGGAAAAAUGUGCAUUAAUACAGAAUGGGGAGCAUUUGGUGACAAUGGCUGCAUUGACAACAUCAGGACAAAAUAUGAUAAAGAAGUAGAUGAAGGCUCGCUAAACCCAGGGAAACAGAGGUAUGAAAAAAUGACCAGUGGAAUGUACCUAGGUGAAAUAGUAAGGCAAAUUUUGAUCGACUUAACCAAACAAGGGCUGCUGUUCAGAGGGCACAUCUCGGAAUCACUCCAGAAAAGAGGCAUAUUUGAGACAAAAUUCCUGUCUCAGAUUGAGAGUGACCGGCUUGCCCUCCUCCAAGUGCGGCGCAUCCUGCAGCAGCUCGGCCUGGACAGCACGUGUGAUGACAGCAUCAUUGUGAAGGAGGUGUGUGGAGUUGUUUCAAGAAGAGCUGCCCAGCUCUGUGGGGCAGGGCUGGCCGCUAUUGUGGAGAAGAAGAGGGAGAACCGAGGUGUGGAGCGCUUGCAAAUCACCGUUGGAGUAGAUGGGACUUUGUACAAGCUCCAUCCACAUUUUUCUAGGGUCCUGCAGGAAACAGUGAAGGAACUGGCACCUCAGUGUGAUGUGACUUUCAUGCUUUCCGAAGAUGGAAGUGGGAAGGGAGCUGCCCUCAUUACUGCAGUUGCAAAAAGAUUGCAUAAUGUUGGACAGAAGUAGAAAUGAGCAGUUGAGUCAUUUCAGUGUGCAGUAGCAAUUUGCAGAGUAGUGAUUCAAGAUAGCUUUGCCAGACACCAGCAGCCAGGUACCUGUUUUAGGGGAUCAGCUGGUUUUGACCAACCAGGAUUGUGGAUUUUUGUCCUUUGGUAAUUUGGAUCAGGUGUUUCUGCUCCUCACUGGCAUUAUGUCUUGGCAUACCACAGGCUGUUCAGUUCUGUAACUCCUGCAAUGCAUCUGUAAUGCACAUGGGAGAGUGAAAACAAAACAAACAAACAAAAACAUCAACCCAAAUGUGUCUUUUUACAACAUCUUAAUUAAGCUACUGCACCACAACUGUGUUUUCAUCGCCAGUUUCUUAGGAUUUGUGAACUUUAGUUUUGACUUGGCCUGGCUCAAGGGAUAUUGAGAUUCUGAUGCUGCAUCUUAUCUAGUGGCUGUAUUUGUUCAAUGCUUCACAGGUUUUACAAUAAAUUUGCAGGUUGAUGCUCCCCCCCACUGCUGCACUGGUUGCAAGUGUAAUGUAAUACUUCUCUGAGUACAGGAGGAAUGUUUAAUAGAAGAAUGUAAAGGAAAAAAUGUGAUUCCACAGAAUAUCAGUUUGUGUCAAAAUAUGUCAGUGCAUCUGAGUCACAUAAAGCAAUGCUGGAUGGAUUCUGACUCUGACUGGUUCUUUUGGUACUGGAGGAAAGGCUGAAUGUAGAAGGACCUACAGAGUUUGCUGUGUGUAUCGUGGCUACAUAGAGAGUAUCAAACAGACCACCAAAAUAGCUGUGUAGAGAAAAAAAAAAUCACCUGAAUUUCUGAAAUUCUCCUCUUUGUUUUCCCUCUGUUAUCUUCUUGCUGGCUCCUGAGAGAAUUGUUUCCAUGUUGUGCAAAGAAGUUUAUCCUUGGUUUUUGUUUAUUGUUGCCUGCUGCUCUGCCUGUUUGUAGUCUGUUUGUAAAUAAAUCUGUGGUGCUGUGAGCUUUUAGUUCUCUGUCUAGUGCGUCUUCUGAGUUGUGGGAAGAACACGCAGGCAAGUGGAAGCUUUCUUAAAACAUAAAUCUUUAAACCUAAAUGUUUCUUUAAAUCUGUAACAGUACUCAGCAGCACUGCAGUGAUUGUAAAGGUGGUUUGUGGAUAGAGCCUGUGGCCCUAUGUAACCAAAUGUUCCUCCCCUGAUUUACCCAGAACAAACCUAAAAAAAUAAUAUGCUACAGAGAAGCAGCAAAUCUGAAUCCUGCCUAUUCUCUCUUCUCAAGUAUUCCUGUAUCUCCUUUAAUCCUCUUUCUGUGGGUAUUUGCUUCCUUGCAGGCUGACAGGAGAAAGUGGGGCCAAGAAAUGUGCUUUAAGCCUAGUUAGGUCAAAAGUAACUAUGAUGCAAGGGGAUAAGCAGUUGGGCUUAUGUAAUAAUCUGUGACACGGCCGCCGCUGGGUUUAAAUUUAGCAAUCACAAAUUCAAAAUUGGAAGCUGCAGACCUUUCCUGUUUUGUAGUUUUUUAAAAAAACCAAAAUAUGUCAACAGCUCUGUGUCUGUGUUGGAGUUAUUGGAUGGGUAAAAGAUACUUGCAGUUAGUUUUCACUUCAGAAGGAAUUCCUCAUGUGCUGAGGUCACUGUACUGAAUGGUUGGGAAGAGACAAGUUGUGAACUCAUAUUUAAUGUUUUCCUCCUUUGGUCAAGGAACUUCAUAUUUUACUUUUUCUUUAUGUUUCAGAAUCCACAGAACUGCAGAAACCAAAGCUUCUUAUAUAGGAAGGGCAGGUUUGCAGGUUGCAGGUUAAAUUUGGAGAGGAUGGGUGCAGAAGAAAAAAAUAUCAGGUAUUAGAGUUAUGAGGAAGGGAGAAACAUGGAUUUCAGCACCUGAAAUCUUGUACUAUCUGUGUAGUUUGGGGCCUUUUGGAGGGAGAGGAUUCUGCUAAUCUGCAGAAGUACAACUGUGAAUGAAGUAUGUCUCUGUACAUGUGGAAUGAGGUGAUGCAGUGAUGCAAUCUUGCCCCAGGAUGGCCGCGUGAGUAUGGUGCAGAAUAUCUUUUGCACUUUUAGUCUAAAGCCUGUUCUGCAUAAUUGGAAUGCAAAUCAAUAACUAAACUAGGUAAACCCCUCACAUUUAGGAAGAAAUCUUGUCUUGCUUUGGUUUUUCUUUUUAGUCUUUUUGGGAAACGAAAUGCUGACAUGAAGUCAGUUUCCACCUUAGC